GCCGCCACCACUGCCCAGCUCCUCGCACUGCGCCUCGCCCGCCCGCUUCGGCCCCGGCCAGACGCCCGCAGCCUUCCUCAGCGCCCUGCUGCCCUCGCAGCCGCCACCAGUCGCUGUCAACGCCCUGGGGCUGCCCAAGGGCGUUACCCCCGCGGGGUUUCCGAAGAAGGCCAGCAGAACUGCUAGAAUAGCCUCCGAUGAGGAGAUUCAAGGGUCAAAGGAUGCUGUCAUUCAAGACCUGGAGCGGAAACUUCGCUUCAAGGAGGACCUUCUGAACAAUGGCCAGCCGAGGCUAACGUACGAGGAAAGAAUGGCUCGCCGCCUGCUCGGUGCUGACAGUGCAAAUGUCUUCAGCGUCCAAGAGCCAGAAGACACGGCAGCCAAUCAGGAUGCCGGGGCUCCUCGGGCUUCUGUAGGAAGUCCUCUGGAUGGUCAAAAGGAGUACAAAGUCUCCAGCUGCGAACAGAGACUGAUAAGUGAGAUAGAGUACCGGCUGGAGCGCUCUCCUGUGGACGAGUCCGGCGACGAGCUGCAGUACCCGGAAGUGCCUGGCGAAAGUGCCGCAGCACCCUUCUUCGAGAUGAAGCUGAAACAUUACAAGAUCUUUGAGGGGAUGCCUGUGACUUUCACGUGUCGAGUGGCUGGGAAUCCAAAGCCAAAGAUCUACUGGUUUAAAGAUGGGAAGCAGAUCUCUCCAAAGAGUGAUCACUAUAUCAUUCAGAGAGAUCUCGAUGGGACCUGCUCCCUCCACACCACAGCCUCCACCCUAGAUGAUGACGGGAACUACACGAUCAUGGCUGCCAAUCCUCAGGGUCGUGUCAGUUGUACAGGACGGCUAAUGGUACAGGCUGUCAACCAAAGAGGCCGCAGUCCCCGCUCUCCCUCGGGCCAUCCUCAUGCCAGAAGGCCUCGCUCUCGAUCAAGGGACAGUGGAGAUGAAAACGAGCCCAUUCAGGAGCGAUUCUUCAGACCUCACUUCCUGCAGGCUCCCGGAGAUCUGACGGUCCAGGAAGGAAAGCUCUGCAGGAUGGACUGCAAGGUCAGUGGAUUGCCGACCCCAGAUCUCAGCUGGCAACUAGAUGGGAAGCCCAUACGCCCUGACAGUGCUCACAAGAUGCUGGUCCGUGAGAAUGGAGUCCACUCCCUCAUUAUUGAGCCAGUCACAUCCCGGGAUGCCGGCAUCUACACAUGUAUUGCCACCAACAGAGCGGGACAGAACUCUUUUAACCUGGAGCUUGUGGUUGCUGCUAAAGAAGCACACAAGGCCCCCGUGUUUAUUGAGAAGCUGCAAAACACAGGGGUGGCUGAUGGAUACCCAGUGAGGCUGGAAUGCCGAGUUUCGGGGGUACCACCACCUCAGAUAUUUUGGAAGAAAGAAAACGAAUCACUCACCCACAGCACUGAGCGAGUAAGCAUGCACCAGGAUAAUCACGGCUACAUCUGCCUGCUCAUUCAGGGAGCCACAAAGGAGGACGCUGGGUGGUACACUGUAUCAGCCAAGAACGAAGCGGGCAUCGUGUCCUGUACCGCCAGGCUGGACGUCUACACCCAGUGGCAGCAGCAGCCACAGACCACCAAGCCAAAAAAAGUACGGCCCUCGGCCAGUCGCUACGCAGCACUUUCGGACCAGGGACUAGACAUCAAAGCCGCUUUCCAACCUGAAGCAAGCCCGUCUCACCUGGCACUGAACAGCGGCUUGGUAGAAAGCGAGGACCUGUGAUUGGCACCCCGUUGAAGCUGAAAACCGAACGCCAUUGCUUUGACCAACAUACAACUCUGUCACAUUAUGUAAAAGACAGAAGUAUACUUUUGACUUUAAGAAAUUUAAAAACACACACACACACACCAAAAUCAUAUUUUUCUUACUUGAUAGAGAAUCUAAGUAGGCGAUGCUCAUAGAAACGAACACACUGCACAGAAAAAUCACAUCUGUUGCCCAGGUUAGAACUUACAGAACUGUUGUGAUUCAAAUGCUCUGAAAUGCCAAGAUGCCGAAAGAAAUCAACUAUUCAAAGGUAACCACGAUUCAAGUUACCUACAAGUGCCUUCAAACACAAGCUAUAGGUGCUACAGUGUGGCAGCGUGGAAUGUUAGAUGCUACGGGGACUCUAAGGUGCAGGGUCUACAGAUGGCUACCGUGAACCACGUGCAAUAGGGAAGGGUGGGGAUGAGAACCGUGACGAAAUCCGAGCGACGCCUUGUCUUUGCGAGCCACUUGAGUCAGAUCAGAAAGGAGGAAUUCCUGGCCUUCGAUGUCGUCCGGAUCAGUUUCCUUUUUAUGCGACUUCAGUCCGGAGCUUCCUUACAAUCCGUAUUAACUAAAAGACUAGGUCAAACUUAAACAAUUGAAAGUGUUCUCUAGAAAGUCGGGAUGUAUCGCAGCCCAUUCCACAGGAGGCAGGGAAACCACCCAAAUGACCAAGGCAGGAUGUAUUCGGAGGGAAGGGGUUUGGAAGGCAGGGAAAGAAUGAAGGAAGGAAUUGCUACCCACACAGAGAUCUCAGAUCCAGGUAGAGGAAAGCAUCAGGAGUGGGCUGGGUUCCUCUUUGGUUUUCUUCUUAAAAUCAUAGAUGCAGAAACAUUGCCGUUAGCCAGUCAAGGACUGUAGGGGCUCAUCUGGAAGUCUGGAGCACGUGUGUGGUGAAGGCUUCCAUGUAGCUGAGUGUGUAGUUGACGUUAGUGUGUAGAGUAAGUUGGACAUGGUUGAGAUUGUAGGGGUGGCAUGAACGGGAAGUAGCCUAGAGGGUCUAGUCUGCCUGGGGGAAACGGAGACUUUAGGGACAAAAAGAAGCUCGUGCCACAACGAGUUUCUUUUCCGUUGGCACUAAGAGGUGGUGAACGGAAACUUCUAGUUCCCUUCACUUCCCCGAUGCCAUGGAACCUAGCCUAAGAAGGGCCAGGCUCGGAGCACCUACAAGGCCAAGCUGCAAAGACCACUUUUUGAUUCUGCAUCAGCUAAAUGGAGUCGAUUCUGACCAGACUUGAUGACUUUUAAGUCGGAACCAAUAUUUUUCUUUUAUAAUGAGAGAAAGUAAUUUGGCCUGAUAGUAUGAACCAUGAGGCUUUAAUGGUACUUUGCUAUGAAAAGAAAGCACUGUGUUCCUCAUGCAAAACCUAUCUAUUGUUCAUUAUUUAUAAAGUGUCGAACGCUCUUAGCUCAGUUACUCAACCCAUGCACAGUACUUCCAGCAAGCUUGUGUCUGUGACCACCCCAUGUAUUCCGUAUUACUGCUCCACAUACACAGCCUUUUCCUUCUCUAAGAACACCAACCAACCGAGCUUUAGCAGACUUGAGCACUGGGUGGCAGAUGUUCUAUACAGUGUGGCACAAGACUGCCCACACACACAUUGCUAAUGGGGGAUUUAAGUAACCAUGCAGGGUCUUAUGGACCUAUCUCUGUUGUAGAAUUGUGACCUAUAGUAUAUCAUACUUGCCAAAUUUUUCUGAAUGUGUCUUUUUUUUUUGCUAAUUUGCUGGGCUUGGGAUUAACUAGCAUUCUUUUGCCACCUUUUAUGUUGUAUUUAUGAAAAAAACAUUAAAAAAAAAAAACAAAGUACUGCCAUACUUUGGAUUGUUGUGCUAUUGUAAUGUGGACUUAACAUCAAUAAAUAAAUAUUUAACAAACAGUA